AUGUUCACCAACUGCAGCUGCAUAGUUUCAAACUCCACACAGACCGCCACCGGAGGUCUAUGUCCGCAGGACUGCGACAUGUUGAAUCCUUACUUGGUCAUUAAUGCAGUGGGAGCUUUCCUCUCCACCCUGGGCUUUAUGCCAGCUUUCAUUGCCACCAUCAGGUCAGUAACAGAAGAAGAGAAGCCACUAGCCAUAGGACUAACCACGUUUAUUUCAUCGUUAUUAGGCUGGUUUCCGGGCCCUGUGAUAUAUGGUGCUCUUGUGGAUUCAACCUGCAAGAUAUGGAAGAUGACGUGUUCGACUGCAGGAGCUUGCAGUCUCUAUGAUAUAGAACUUUUCCGUUUUCAGUAUACCGCAAUAUCCACUGGUCUGAGAGUGAUAGUGAUAGUUCUUUUUGCAAUAGCCUUGUUAUAUGCAUUAUGUUCUAAAAAGUUUGUGUUUCAACCAUACAGAGACAUUAUGUCGCAUACGAUAAUUUUUGACAAGAAUGAUAAUGAAGAAACCAUUAUUAACAAUAAAGUAUCUUUAAGCACAGAGAAUCCUAAAUACAACACAAGCGUUUAA